AUGCCCCUGAUAUGUUUGUCAGACUUCGAAGCUUAUGCCAAGAAGCAUCUCCCCAAGGCCACCUGGGAAUAUUUUGCCGCUGGGGCAGAUGACUCCUAUACCCGGGAUGACAACCUCAGGGCAUUUAAAAGAAUCCGAUUGUGGCCCCGCAUGCUGUGCGAUGUUUCUGUGAUAGACACCAAGACGACGAUCCUCGGCACGGAGAUCAGCUUCCCCGUAGGGAUUGCUCCCACAGGUUUUCACAGGCUGGCUUGGCCCCGUGGGGAGAAGAGCACAGCCAAAGCGGCAGAAGCCAUGAACGUCUGCUACAUUGCCAGCACUUAUGCCACUUGCUCGAUGGAAGAAACGGUGGCUGCGGCCCCUGCGGGCUUCCGCUGGUUCCAGCUUUACAUUCACCAGAAGAGGUCAGCCUCCGUGCAGCUGGUGAGACGGGCGGAAGCCUCGGGCUUCCAGGCAGUGGUGCUGACGGUGGAUGUGCCUUACUCCGGGAAGAGACGGGAUGACAUCCGCAACAGCUUCCACCUCCCGCAGCACAUGUCGGUCAAGAACUUGGAAGGCGUCUUUGAG